CGUUUGCUUCUUCGUUUUGUUGAACGUGGAGAACAAUGAGCUGUUGAAACGAUUAAAGACUCGAGACUUUGUCCACUUCCUUCAGUUCGUGGGAAGGUCGGACAUUCAACCAAACGGCAAGAUGUACCUCCCAUUGUUACUGCUUCUCAAUGUACUCUGUCAAGAGACACUGGCAAUGCCUCCCACAAAUCCUCUGCUAUGGUUCAGAGAACCAUGUUCCUCAAUGGACAUGCCGUACCACUUCGGCAUGCGCGGCCGUAACGGCAUCUACUGGGGCUGGAAUCCCGACGUCGAGCGCGGAGAUAACAUCACCAUGAUCAAUCGGGCCACCGGCUACCAGGCCACCACGGUCUCCUACUUCUCGCAAAUCAACUCUCCCUCCGGCUACGAUGGACACCAACUGCUUGAGCACCUCGACGAGAUCAAGGGCACCGGCGCCGCUCUCAUCGCCGCCGUCAUGCCCAACGGCCUCUCCUUCAACGAAGUCACCCCCGCCAUCGCCGCCGACAUCGCAAACGUUGUCCGCCAAUUCACCGACCAAGGCAUCGAAGUCUGGCUGCGCUUCGCGCACGAGAUGAACUGGUACGUUAAACCGGGUACGUACCGCGGCAACUCGACGCAGUUCAUCAAAGCGUGGCAAACGGUGCACGCAGCGGUGAAGGACAUCGAAGGCUGCUUGAUGUUUUGGAACCCGAACAACGCGAACACCAUGGAUCUGUACGAGCAGUGGUGGCCCGGGCCGGAGUAUGUCGACAUAGUUGGUAUGGACAUCUAUGCGAGCAAGACGACGGCCAACUUCCGGAACAUCUAUGGCGGGUUCUAUGAGGCGUAUGCGAAGAAGUACCAGAAGCACUUUGUGAUUCCGGAGACGGCGACGAAGCCGGAUGAUGCUGCGUUGAAGCAGAGCUGGUUGAAGGCGAUGGCGAGCGAUGAUUUGAGUGCGUAUCCGUGCUUGAAGAGUAUCAGUUGGUUUGAGCUGCGGAAGAGCUUUGACUACAGAGUGGUGAUGGGGCAGGGGAACGAGGUAAUGGAGCAGUCUAUGGAAAAUUUCCGAUGACAAUUGGGGGCGACGGUGUCUUCGUCAAGGUCAAAAGCCUGGAUAGCCGGUGCCGUCGCCGGCCCACUCGUUGCCCUUCUAGCCAUCGGCGCCCUAGUCUUUUGGUGGAAGCGAAAAAGAGCCAAGAAGCAUG